AUGUUUGGUCUUUCAUCACUAUUGAUAGAAAAUUACUUGAGGGAAGCGAGUUUUUGGCACGUGGCCACUAUAGGCUGGGGGUGCAAGUUCGACCAGAAACUCAUCCACACGUUAAUAGAGAGGUGGAGACCUGAGACGCACACAUUCCAUCUUUCAUGCGGAGAGUGUACCAUUAUUUUGGAGGACGUGCAGUUACAAUUGGAAUUGCUGGUGGAUGGGUCCGCACUCAUCGAGCCCGUUCAAUUUGCUAAUUGGGGAGCCGUAUGUUACGAUCUUUUGGGUGCGAUUCCGGAUAAUAUUUAUGGAGGUCGGAUCGAGAUGAGCUGGUUACGAGACACAUUCCUGGAGCCAGGGAAUGAUUCAACUGAAGUAGAAAGAAUACGAUAUGCUCGGGCAUACAUCCUUGAGAUGAUUGAAGGAUAUUUGAUGCCAAACUUGUCACGAAACCUCGUACAUCUGAUGUGGCUGCUGAAACUUGUUGAUUUUAGAGCAGCUGGGGAAUUUAGUUGGGGGUUUGCCGUGUUGGAAAUAUUAUUCCGGGAGAUGUGCGGGGUGACACCACUAAAUAAAGCCAAAAUCGGAGAAUAUGUUAAAAUUUGGGAAAAACGGUAUGAUCAUAUACCUGCUGGUGAAUCGAUUAUCAUCCCAGAGUUAGUGUGCGUGCCAGAUUACAUGCCAUGGAGAAAGGAUGACGGUAUGGGCCCAUCAACAGUGCUCACACAAUCAUCGAGCCCAACUCUUCAACCGAUGACACCCACAGCACAACCCCUUCAGGUUAUGCCAGGUACGCAUCCUAGCCCUUAUAUGUAUCCUAACCCUUAUAUGUUUGCUUUUCCUAGUCCUAUACCAGGUUGGAAUGCAUGA